AGCUUCAAGAGGAAUGUCAACAGCGGCGGCGGCUUGUGAGGUAAAUAUUAAAACGAUUAAAAAUUCGCGAUUUUAAUUAGUUUUGUUUUAGAAAACUCAAGGAUGCUGCGAGAGAUGUUCCUCGCGUCGUUGCUGGUGGCGUUGGCGUGCGCCAAGCGAGACGGAGGCGACCGCGCGGACGAAGACGACGAACCUGUCAAGCUCCCCAACAAGUGUGAGGUGUGCAAGUUCCUCGCCGUGGAGCUGACCAAGUCGUUUGAGGAGACGGGAAAGUCUCACGACGUCCUGGAGACGCAGUCCGGCUUCGUGGACAAGCCCCGGCACAAGAUCAAGUACCGUCACUCGGAGACGCGCUUGAUCGAGGCGACGGAGGACGUCUGCAACCGCUUGCUUGAGUACAACGUGCACAAGGAGCGCGACGGGAGCAACCGCUUCGCAAAGGGCAUGAGCGAGACGUUUCAGACCCUGCACGGACUGGUGCACAAGGGCGUGAAGGUGGUGAUGGACAUCCCCUACGAGCUGUGGAACGAGACGUCAGCAGAGGUCGCCGACCUAAAGAAACAGUGCGACAUGAUGAUGGGCGAAUACGAGGAGGUGAUCGAGGAUUGGUACUGGCACCACCAGCAGGAAGACCUCAAGGUGUUCCUGUGUGAGAAGCACAUUCUGCGUGGCCAGGAUAAAGACGUGUCGGACAUUUUCCCUCGCAGCUUCGCGGCAAAACGGAAAAGAAGGGCGGCCCGGUCCGCGCAGCGAUACUUUAUGUGA